UAAUAGCUGUGAUUCAGUUGUCCUUCUUCACAGCAAAGUGUUCUCCACCUGUUUUGGGUGUGCAGCUCCAGUAUGACAGGUGAAGAUGGAAGGAGACGCAGAUCACGUCAAAUUGUGGCAGUCAUAUUGCUCUUGUGCUCUUUGGCCCCGAGUUUAACUUGCUUUAGCUGGCAAGGGCUGAGGAAAAAAGCUAAACAGAACAAGGUAGUUAGUGAGGCCACAGAGAUGGAAGGAAGGACAGGAAGCAUUCUCUUUAAUGGGACAGAGAUUAACUCCCAGUCAGGAUCUCCCUUUGUUGCUGCCAUGGGAAAUGAUAAAUUGUUGCAUGUUGAUUUGGCUCAGUCAGAUGGCACAGGAUUGUCUGAGCAGGCAUCACAGCGGGGGGAUACCAUGGUAAAUGAAGCAGCAUGGAGGCGCCUGAACCCUUCACUGCACUGUGGUCAAAACAAGAUGAAAUUGAAAGCCAUGGGACCUGGAGCUGCUGACUUACAGCUGGACAUGGGCAAUGCAGGUCCCCUGCCUUUGAUCCAGGUGCCUGAACCCUGUGGCUACUCAAUGCGGCAGAAUGCACUGGGACUUGCAUUAGUUGUUCCCUAUGAUGGCUGCUAUGUGCUGCAAGAGAAUGGAAAUUAUGUGUUGCCAAUGAGUUGGCUGAGGAAUCUAGUUAAAUUCACCUGCCCAAUGUCACCACGUCCUGAUGCAACACCUACUUCCCCUGAUGCAGCACCUACCUCCCCUGAUGCAGCACCUACCUCCCCUGAUGCAGCACCUACCUCCCCUGAUGCAGCACCUACCUCCCCUGAUGCAGCACCUACCUCCCCUGAUGCAGCACCUACCUCCCCUGAUGCAGCACCUACCUCCCCUGAUGCAGCACCUACUUCCCCUGAUGCAACACCUACUUCGACUACUGCUAAGCCUGCUCAGCAGCCCUCUUACAUCUAUGAUCCUAGUAGUCUGUAUUCUGCCUAUUGGUAUUAUUACUACAUGUAUAUGAUGACAAUGACACCGGCACCAACCACAGACACUGCGUCUCCGACAACUACUGCUAAGCCUGACACACAACUCCCUCAAAUGAAGCCUCCUGCAUAUCCUUACUAUCCUUAUUACCCAUAUUACCCCUACUACCCUCUUCCAAAUCUCCCAGUGGUGACCACGGCACCACAACCCACUACCACCACUACCGCCACUACCACCACCACCACCACCACCACCAAACCCACUACCACCCCCAAACCCACUACUGGAACCACCACUACCACUGCUAAACCAUGUACAACAAGUCCUACAACAAAACCAACAACUGUUUCUGCUCCUACAACUACUUCUACCACCACCACCACCACCGUGUCAACAACUAAAGCAUGUACCCAUACAACCAAACCCAGCAGCAGCUAUCCAGGCCCAAUGAGUGGGUCUGUUCCUUACAACCAGCUCCCCUUCGCUCAAUACGUUUCAUACAAAGCCAACAAGGUUGGCAAAAUCCCUGAUGACCAGAAGUACGUGCCUCAAGCUGGCUACAAAUCUGGACUCCAGGCUCGAUCACACCCAAUUUCAGGCUUCCACUAUUGGCAACCUGUGCCCUGGUUUCCUCACUCAGGUCAAGACCAUCCUCAAUUUGACUGGACAAACCUACUACCUAAAAAAUGAACUCCAAAUGGGGUUGGCGUCCAGUGAUAAGUGAGCAUUCAAUAAAUGUGUUUACUUAGAA